AUGUCUGUUUUCCCUAAAAUAUCUUUGAGACUUGAGGUUGAAAACUAUCUUAAAGCGGGUUUCAUGAAUAAGGAGAUUGUAUCUGCUUUAGGUAAAGAAGCAGCAGAAAGGAAGUUUGAAACUCUUUUAAAUCACUUGUCACACCCUCCAUCAUUCACAACUGUCAGAGUAAAUACACAUCUAGCCUCGGUACAACAUGUGAAAAAUCUGUUACUUGAUGAACUUCAGAAGCAGUUUAAUGGAUUAAGUGUUCCUGUUCUUCAGCAUCCAGACCUUCAGGAUGUCUUACUUAUUCCUGUUAUUGGACCUAGGAAGAAUAUAAGAAAACAACAGUGUGAAGCCAUCGUUGGAGCCCAAUGUGGCAGUGCAGUGUUGAGAGGAGCCCAUGUCUAUGUUCCGGGAAUUGUGUCAGCUUCAAAAUUUAUGAAAGCUGGAGAUGUUAUUUCUGUAUACUCUGAUAUUAAAGGCAAAUGUAAAAGAGGAGCCAAGGAAUUUGAUGGAACAAAAGUAUUUCUUGGAAAUGGAAUUUCUGAAUUAAGCCGCAGAGAAAUCUUCAGCGGGCUACAUGAACUGAAAGGUGUAGGCAUAAGAAUGACAGAACCAGUAUAUCUCAGCCCUUCAUUUGACAAGGUCCUGCCCAGCUACAUAUUUUUACAGAAUUUGCCUUCUGCUCUAGCAACUCAUGUUCUGGAUCCUCAGCCUGGAGAGAAGAUUCUAGAUUUGUGUGCAGCACCUGGAGGCAAAACAACACACAUUGCAGCACUAAUGCAUGAUCAGGGAGAAGUAAUAGCACUGGAUAAAAUAUCCAACAAAGUAGAAAAAAUAAAGCAGAAUGCUUUAUUGUUAGGGUUGAAUUCUAUUAGGGCAUUUUGCUUUGAUGGAACGAAGGCACUUAAACUCGAUAUGGUUAAGAACACAGAAGGAGAACCUCCAUUCUUACCAGAAUCUUUUGACCGAAUUCUCCUUGACGCACCCUGCAGUGGAAUGGGACAGAGACCAAACAUGGCUUGUUCUUGGACUUUAAAGGAAGUGACAUCAUACCAACCUUUACAGCGAAAACUCUUUACUGUGGCCGUGAAGCUGCUGAAGCCGGGGGGCGUGCUGGUUUAUAGUACGUGCACCAUCACACUGGCGGAGAACGAAGAGCAGGUUGCCUGGGCCCUCGCGACAUUUCCUGACCUUCAGCUUCAGCCACAGGAGCCACGGAUUGGAGGAGAAGGGAUGAUGGGCGCUGGCCUGUCAUUGGAACAACUGAAACAGCUGCAGCGAUUUGACCCCUCUGCUGUGCCCUUACAGGACACCGACAUGGAUUCUCUCAGAGAUGCCAGAAUAGAAGACAUGGUUCGGCUGGCAAAUAACGAUUGUAUAGGUUUUUUUAUUGCAAAAUUUGUAAAAUGCAAAAGCACCUAACAGAAAGAUCCUUAGAAAGGAAAUUCUGAACAUUUGCUGUGUGGUGUUUUUUUUUAAAACCAAACUGUUGUCAGGCCAAGUGACUGAUGGCAUUGUUGCUAAGGAAACAGAAAAGGCUGCCAGCUGUUUCACCAGGAUCGAGAGACUUGAUCAAGAGGCUCCACUCCAUCAUGGAAGUAGUCAGGGUGGUAUGAGAUUAUAUUUUGUUUUUUUUAAGUAAUUACUUUUUCUUUAUGGAUUUAGCAGAGUAUAAAGAAAAGGAGAUGCUUGUAGAUGUUUGGAACAUAUUUUCACUUGGGGCUUUUGUGUUUUAAUUUGUAAAGAAUGCAAGUCAUUUUUAAUGUUAAAAUCAGUGAAUCAGGGGGCUGGCACAGUGGCAGAGUGGUUGGCUUCGUGGGUUUGGAUCCUGGGCAUGGACCUAUACACCACUCGUCAAGCCAUGCUGUGGCAGCAUCCUACAUAAAAAUGAAGGAAGAUUGGCACAGAUGUUAGCUCAUUGACAAUCUUCCUUGCCAAAACAUAAGUAAAUUGGUGAAUCUAACAAAGAAUAAAAUUAGCAGUAUUUAAUUUGGUUAUAAAAAACGUUUUCUGCUCCUGAGUUCCUAAGUAGUAGUUCCUUAAGGAUUCAGGGCAUGGGAAGUAUCACAUUUACCACAUGCCAGUAACUGAGCUGAGUGUUUACUUGACUUUUUCUGCUUACUAUUUGGUAAAUCACCCUCUUUGAAAUAAGUCUGGACCUCUUUUAAAUGAGAGUCUGCCUUCAUAAUGUUUAUUUUUUUUUUCAUGAUUUUAAACUAAAAGCUAAAAUGAGUAUUUUCUUCACUUGGUAGAUUAAAAAUAUGAGUGUAUUCCACAAUUUCGGUACCCUUUGUCGUCUAUUGGAAUAUGUAUUAUACAAGUUAUUAGAGAUGUGACUGGUGAGAAAGAGAAAACCAGCUUCUGACAGCUGGGAACUGGCCGGGCACUCACAGCUCGGCCUUGGUGUUCUCCUGUUGGACACAAACAACUUCAUAGAACACCAACAUCAGACAAAGCAACUGUCGUGAUGAUGGGUCAAGACAAAAGAAAUCCACUUCUUCGUAAUCAAAUCUGAAAUCAGACAAAAACGAGAACAUCACCCAAACCGCAAAGGAGCAAAAACAGGGAGCCAGCAGAUGAAUGCUUUCGUAGUCACCUUUGGCAGCAAGUUUCUUCACACACCCUGACUGCUCAACGAAUCAUUAAAGCAACAUGUAGCACGAUUCAGUACAAAGCCAGGUGCACAACUCACACUGAAGAUGUUCAACUGACUCAACGUUUGCCUCCGCUUGGACAGAGCUGCUCUACUGGAGCCAGCACUUGCUGGAUGUCUGGGCUUGCAUCCCGGCAACAUGACCCCAGGCAGCCUAGUUCUCAGGGAAGACGGUAAAGAGCUCCUCUUACCUGUGAAUUAGAGGCUAGAGCGGGGCUAACAGGCAGAGUUGAAGUGGCUAACGUGCGGCUAAGGAGAGGGUUGGGGAGACUGCUGCUGGGAGGGUGGGUGGCCUUCCAGUAGGCCUCCAGAUAGUCGGCAAGGUGCUCACAGGCAUCCUCGAGCUGGUUCUCAUCCAAGAUCACAUCAAACAACUCCUGCAGAGGCAAACAUUUCAGACGGCACAGUUAGACCAGCCCAGUUGUGACAAAGUUCACACACACCCCACCCUCAUAAAAGGAGGGGGGAGGGAGCAAGGGCGGGGGAGGGGCUGCUGAGCUGCACCACUUCGUAUCUGCUCUUGCUUAGGUGCUCCUGCUUCCUCCUUUCCCAGUGGCUAACUGUCCACCUGCCUCAAAUCCUUGUUUAGAACACUGGAUGCAUAACCAACAGGAGUGAGCGGAAAGUGAAUAGGUGGAAUAUUAGUUGUUAAGGGCAUGAUGGAAAAGUUGUCUGUCAAUAGUGCAAAAAGGAAUUGAUACUAGAGUAGACAAGAGAUGUAAAAAAGAAAAGAAUAUAAUUUGAACUGUAACAGGAAUAAGCCUGUUUUUGACAUAGAAACUGAAGAGUUUAAUCUUGGAAAUUAACGAGGUAAGAUUAGGACACGAAAUUUGGCAGAAGUGGUGGAAACCACUGAUAAUUUGACAUGGUCCAAACUUCAAAAUAGUUCAAAGUGUUUAUUAUAAAUUUUAACAUGCUCCAACCAAUCAAAAUGGAUAUAAUCAUAGUUCUUAGAGCUUCUGAAAUACCCGCACUUAAAAAAAACCCAAAACUAGAAGUGAUCUAUAGUCCCAAGGCAUAGUAUGUAAAGCAGGGAUUAGAAGUAGAAUGUAUUCAGAUGUUAGAAUCCAGGUAACUGAUGUCUAGAAAUUUGUUUUUUACAUGGUCUCAAAUCAAUUUCUCAGAUAAUUAUUAAGAGGCAGCAACUUGCUCCCUAUGAUUAAUAAACCAACCCCAAAUAGAUCCAUCUUGUAACCAAGUUUUUGAAACCACAAACUUAUGUCAUUUAAGAUACUAAUUAGAUGUUAGUUACCAAAGCAAAGUCGCCACAGAACUUGCCGUGGCUUUUUGUAAGCCAUGGUUGUGACCUGGACAAGUGCUUGUGGCAGGAGGCAGGACAGUCACUUCUUUGGAAUGAAGACCACUGCUAAGUGGCAAGGACUGUCUCCCCCAACAAGCAUUUAAGUGUCUGCUUUUUGUUUCUUUACUAUAAUGCCAGCUCUGAUCUCUUCAGCUGGAUUGUACCGUACAUAGAGCUAACUUACUGGAGGACACUGGGCCAGUUUAUCAGCUGCCACCAUUUGGACAUUGAGGUGUUUAGCUUGAGAUUUCCCUCGAGAUUUUAUUAACCUUUGUAAAACCUGUAAAAGAUAAGAUUUUUUAACAGAAGAAUAUCUGCACUCAGGUAAACGACAAGGUUCGUUAUUCACUCCUUUCUCUGGGGCCUUUUCAUAUACAGCAUAAAUGGCUUGUAAUAGAUUGAGCUAUAAAAUAUAAUGUGUAAGAUUAUCUGCAAAAUUAACAUGUUAAGAUAAAUCCCAGUUGCACGCUCUAAAAAAGAGAAAACAGCAUCAAGGCUAGCGGAUAUCAAACUUUGUCUCAUGGCCAACUUUAUUUUAAAAAGCUGUUGAGACACCCAAAAAGCUUUUGUUUAUGUGAACUAUAUCUAAUAUUUACCAUAUUAGACAUCAAAAGAAUUUUCGUUUAAAAAUUAACAAUAACCCUAUUACAUGUUAACGUAAAUUACUUAUUUUUAUAAAAAUAGCUACAGUUUUUGCAAAUCUCCCAGAUAACUGAGAGAUUAUUGAAGACGACUGCAGUCUCCUGUCUGCUUAUGCGUGUAAUCUGCUACAAUGUAUGGUUUUCAUUGAAAUAUGAAGGAAAUCCGGUCUUCUACAAAUAUGUAGUUGAGGAAAGGAGUAUUUCAGUAGCCCUUUCAGAUAAUUGCAGACAUUCUUCUUUGAUACUAUGCUAAACUCAACUAAUGGUAGUUUCUUAAAGACUAGUUGCCCUGUGAAAUCUGAAACUAUAUCAAUGCAUUUUUCUUACUCUGUUACAUUAAAUUCCAUUGGUCUAUCUUGAAAUUUGAAUGGAUCUCUUACCAGGCAUGAUCUGUAACAUCAUUCACUGAUCAUUUGGAAAAUAAAGGUACACUCAAUUCUUGGGUCUUCCAAAUGUUGACACGUUGCAUUGUACAAUAUUAAAACAUCAUAUUUGUUAUUAUCAUUGAUCUCAUUAGAAAAGUCUUUAUCUGGUGGGAAGCUACCAGGCUUUCAGAGGUGGAUACAAGUUUUCCAAAAUCCUAAUUUUUGUUUGAAAGCUUGGGUUUUAUCAUGGGUAACAAAGGCUGUUGUUUGCCUUGAAGUGACAGACCCCCUUUGUUCAAGAAAAUAUCUGCCAAAUACCCAAGUCUAAACAAGCAUAGCCUGUCAGUUGUUCUUUCAAAUAAAAACGGUGCUCCGUGAAAAAAGUGGGUAGUUCAAUUCACAGCUCAAAUAAUCACACCAGUGCUUGUCCUCAAGAUAACUGACUGACUUUGAUAUACAGCUGAAGUGUAUUUCCUGUUUCAUUACUCCGAAUAGUAAAGGCUUAUACUUAGAGUCAAAAUUUAAUAAAAUUAAGUGAAACUGGG